AUGGUUCCUCCGCUGGAUCUCUCAUCUCAUACCAAGGUCAUGAUUGCACCUCCACGGCUCAACCUCCGUCGAAAUGCUUCAUACAACAACUACGAGAAAGCACCGCUCUCAUCGACUUCGGCUCGAUUCAACUUUAACCAUCUUCUCUUCUCUCCUCCUCCUUCGCCUAGUCUUCCCGCACUGGUACCGCGGCCAAAGAAGUCGCCUGCAAAGGCCUUGAUUGCUCGACCAAGUCGAGUGCUGCGAUAUAUGCUUUAUUCAAUCACGCUAUUUAUAACCCUAUACUUUGCUCGCCUUGCAUUCCGAAAUAAAGAGUCCAUAAUAGCAGUAUGGCCUCAUUUCACAACAGAAGAGUUUGAAAUGGUCGGGCAGGACGCGAUUCCGGAUUUCCCAACGCCCAUAGUUGUCAGCCAUAGCCAUUCCAAGUCCAAGUGGACCAUGUCUAUCCCGCACCAUUACGAUUUCCCUCUGACGGUGGAGGAAUAUGAUGGCAUGGGAAGCAAAUGCCGCGAGGUCUCAGCUCAUACGAGGGAGCUCCGUGGUAAAGCUCCAUUGUCUGAUGAAGACAAGCUUAACUACGACGCCGUGGACGAGUAUUUUGUCGACGUGUAUGAGGCUGAACUGUAUGGACUGCUACCUCCUGUUGCGCAUGCACAUACCAGCCCAAAAUCUGGGCACUUUGUCGGCUUGAACUGGGAGUCCAUGGCCGGACUGCCCAUCUGUCCAUCUUCUGUCACCUAUGUACUGGAGAGCUCAGAUGCUGGGCUGGGCACUGCCGUCAUGGGCAUGUGGAUGCUCUACGGCCUCGCCAAACAAGAUGGCAGGGCAUUUUUCAUCGACGACUCUCGUUGGGCCUAUGGCCGGUAUACCGACAUCUUCCAGGCACCACCAAUCCCCGAUUGCCGGCCACCUCCGCGACACCGGAUGCUUCCUUGCCCGGCACAGGCAAAGCAUCUAGUUGUCACGGGCACGACGCUCAAGGAUGUUUUCCCGGCUUUAAUGGCCAAAUACCACCGCGCCGCCGGAACCAGCAACAAUCUACGAGAUCUGAUGGGACUUGCAAGAUCGGGAUACGAGGCACUCUUCAAGAUCAAUACCGAUGACCAAGAGUAUGCCCACGACCGGGUACAGCAACUGAGGAAGCAGGCGAUGGAAGCUGACUCGGCCGUUUCGCAUGUCCCCAUCAUUGGGCUCCACGUUCGGCGCGGUGAUUCGCACCCUCUCGAGUACCAAUAUCGCAACACUUAUAUCCCAUCCGAGGUUUUCCUCAGCAAAGCCCAAGAGCUGAUAGGCGCCCACUACAGCUCGUCUGAGAGCCAUGAACUGCCCACAAACCAGUCCAUCACUAUCAUCGCCUCCGACGACCCUGCUGUCUACAAGCAGCCCGACUUCUCCGACGCAUUGUUUGCGCAGGAGCGCAUCCGCUUGGCCUCUAAAGAAGCCGCUCCGCGGGAGGAGGUCGACAAGAACGUGCUCCAUCAUUUUGAGGAUGAAACCUUGCAAUGGGAAGGCGGGUUCUUUGCGCCCAUGUUUUGGAACCUCGGGUUUGACAGGAAGCACAACGGCCAUGCGAAUGGAGCGUCGGCGGGGCGGAUAGAACCGCCCUCCGAGCAGACGAUUCAGUUGCGCAGCUACAUGGGCAGGGCGUAUAUGCUUGAUCUGGCCGUUUUGGCGGGAGCAAGUGACAGGAUUGUGUGCACUGUCAGUUCGAUGGGCUGCAAGAUGCUGGCGGUGAUGAUGGGGUGGGAGGAGGGCAUUGAAAAGGGAGGCUGGGUCAACAUUGAUGGCAACUACCCAUGGGGUUGGAUGAAUUGA